UUUGUGCGUUUGGAGGACAAUCAGAAAUAUUUCAUUUCAAAAUGUUAUCUACGAAAAAGUGCACAUGUUUUACAGUGUUGUUAUUGGGUUUCCUGUGCAUCUCAGUGGAAUCAGGAUCUCUGAUUCAGUAUUUCACUGUGGAUGGUCACAGCCAAGAGGUCAGUGCUGCGGUCAAUGACCAGCUGACAUUUAAAGCCCAGAAAGUGGAGGGUGUGUCUAACCCUAGGUGGGAAAUAAUAGGUAGAAAUAAAGGUACCAGAGUUAUUUUCGGUGGCAUUGUUGUUUCAGCAACAAAAAUCAGCAUCAACCGAACAGCAACAUGUGCCUACAACGACAUCUUUGACUGUUACGCCACACUGGGAGGACAAACUGAGACACUGAGUGUUAGGGUUAACGUUUAUAAUUGUAAGUUAACAUUAGUUAACAUGUGGAUAUUUUAA